AUGUCGUCCUACGGUGGUUAUGACCGCACGGACUUUUUUGACCCAACUUACCUGAACCAGAUUCCCGUGGCACCCUAUGAUGUAUUCUACCCCCAAACACAGCCGCACCUGGAACCACAGAUUAGUGGAGAACCUGUCAUUCCAUACGGAUGGCGUCCGGAUUGGUCACGUCCAACCGAAUGGAUACCACCGACACAGAUUCUGCACACUCUACCACAGGAUCACCGCAAUACCUAUGGGUAA